AUAAAUGUAAAUUUUAUUGUUAUAUUUACCCUUAUUUAUAUUUUGUUAGAAGGUAAGAAUAUAUAUUAAAGCUGACUAAAGUGAAUAUUUGGUGUAUAAAAACAACUAAGUUUAAUUUGAAUUCCAAAAAGAGAAUUUAUAAUAGGAAGUGACUUGUAAACCUCCGAGAUCUUUCGGUGUUUCUAGUACAGAUAGUGCAAUUGGAUAUUCAAAUCAAAUUUUAAGAAUAUAAAAUGAUGACAUAGUUUCAUUCAACGUUUAAGCAGAACAAAAAACAGAGAAGGAUACAAGCAUGUAUUUUAUAAUAUAAUUAAGAGAACUCUAUUAACAGAAGUAAUUUCAGAAGAUGGAAUUUUGAGACCUAAGAGCGAAAUCUCAUUCCUAUUGUAAUAGCGAUGUCCUUAAAAGGUUGAUUUAACAUCUGAAAAUUAUUGGACUUCUAUAAUUGUGAAUCUUAAUAUCACUUAAGUGAGCUAAACGAAUAUUGAUAAAGUACAAUUUGCUAUGAUAUUUACAUGUGAUAGAUCAUUCAGAGAUAAAACAUUUGAUUGGAGUCUACCAAUUUUACUAAUCAUUACAACCUUAUUGAUUGCAUUUUUAGCAAAACACACAAGAAUAAUUUCAUUUAGAUGGAGGGCAAAUGGACAUGACUUUUAAGGAUUUGAAAUCGGUUUUAUGAUAAUUGGGAUCUAUAUAUUAUCAUACGCAUCUGGUGCAACAGUUUAUAUAGCUACAGGUUUUUCAGAUUUGAUUCGAUAUUCUUUGAUAGUAAUUGCUUGCACUAUUGGGACUCUUGCAGUUUUCUUUGUCUCAACAGAGGUAUUAAAAUGAAAUAAGGUUAGUUGGCCUGCCUAUUGAAAGCAAACUCUUCUAUUAGAAAAUACAAUUUAAUAAUUGCUUCCGUCGUUUCUUUAUUGAUUGGACUGCCUUAUUAUUUUUGGAUGCCAUGGUACUUGAACGACAUAAUUUCCCUAGCCUUUAUUUUCCUAAUUGUAAAAUUCUUCAGACUCAAGAACUUAAAGACAGCAGCUGCUUUGAUGUUUUCUAACAUGAUAUUGGAUUCAACAUUUGCCAUUUAUAUUCAUUAUACAAAAGAUGAGUCUUACAAUACUUCUGUGUUAUAAUACUUGAACUGUCCUUUAGAAUUGCAAUUACCUUUGAUGAAAUUGCAAUACGACAAGAACUGCGCUUGGAUUUCCCUCUUUAGUCAGGCUAUUCCAGGGCUAUUUCUAAGUCUGGCCUACAGAAUAGACAGGAGUAAAAGAACAUUUACAUAUGGUUUGGCAGGGGUGUUGUCAUUGAUAAUCUCUGAGGGUUUUUGGGUAGUGGCCACAGUGUCAGUGAAACAUUCAAUUCCCUAGUCCUUAUUUACACAUCCUAUUUUAUUGGGUGCUUUAACACUAAAUUCAAUAAGGAGAGCAGAAUUCAGUUCUUAUUUGUUUGGAGACUAUUUGUUCGACCAAAGCUAUUAUAGAUUAAGGGGAAUUAGUUUAGAGGAUUGCAGAGAACCUUAGUUUCUUUUAAACAUGGAAAGUCUUCCUGACAUUAAAUAACAUCCAACAGAUUUAUGA